AUGGCCUCAGCAAGUGAAAACGAUCCUCUCUUGUCGGAAAAGAAGGCAGACUCGUCUCCUGAGGAGUUCAUGUUGUCCUUUGAAGAUCACUUUUCAUUGGAAACACCUUCGGACAAUGUGAGACUUCGCAACAACUCUGUCCGAGUCUAUAGCAGCGGAACCCAGCAGUUUCAAAUCAUUUCGACCAAGAACGAAUUGAAAGCAAAGGUCACAUCCGACGGAAGUUCUGGUCUUUCCAUGCUGCGUGGAUGGUACACUUUGAUUGCCGUUCUCAUGAUGGGAUUUUUGUUGAUCUUUUGCUUGCAAGUCUUGCUCUUUUUGUUUGUCAGCUUGGUCAUGGAAGGUGGGCUUUCUUCCAAUCAAAAGCUCAAUGUCUUUCAUCUAGUGGGAGCUGUCCUUUCCAUUCCUUACUUUGUCUAUGGAUUGGCUUCCACUCUGACCAUGGGAUCUGAAUUUGUCUUGGAUACUUGGAAUGGACAUAAAUUCUUUCGAAGCAUUCUACGUUGGUCUCCAGUCUUUAUUGACUGGUUUUCUUUCUUUGCGUUCUUGGGAAUUCCAUUGAUUGUCAUGAUUACCAGAAUGUUCCAAUCGCCAACGUUCUGGGAAGAUACCGCCUUGGCUUGGUUUGGCUGUGUGACGGUUUACUUUUGCCUAUUCAGUUUUGGCGUCUUUGUCUUUGAGAUUUGGGGAGCUCUCGAGCUUCUCAGUCAUCAUCCCAAAUACGCCUUGUUGGAUCUCAAUAUCGGCGCGGUCCGUGAAUUUGCCAGGCGUGCCAUCAUGUUGCGAAUGCAGCAUGCUUAUUCUGGUUUGAGGACCCGUACCUUCUUUGUGGAGGGAGGUCAGGCACUUCCCACCGCCAACGAAUCGUAUGAAGAGACGGAAAAUGUGGACACCGAGUUUGUCAUUACCACUAUCUCUCUAUGGACGCGAUUCUCUCAAUGGUUGCCGGACAAAUUUUUCUUUGAAUACGACCCCCCAAAGAGACAAUUCAAUAUUGAAGACGUCUUGGAUCGGGAAUACUUUGUGACCGAUGCUACAUGGAGUCUCGAAAAGGCCUUUUGUCGUCGCUCCAAGGCCCGAUCUGUCAUGGUGGUCAAUGGAGAGUCAGCUCUUACCAGUGCUCAAGUUUGGUCCAGUUUGAUUUGUGCCUGUGUGGGAUACAUUUUGAUUGUGGUGCUCUUUGCUGGAUUCUUGGCUUUUAAUGGAGCCAAUACCAUUGUCAUUCUUGUCUUGACGGGACUUUUCAUCUUUUUCAAUCGAGACAAAGGACUGAACGCAUACAAGUUAUUUGAUUCCUACAAGGAUACGCUCAGGAGACGCGAUCCGGAAUCGAACGAUAGUGAGACUCUCUAUCAGAUUACGGAGAGCCAUCGACUGACACGGCCUUCCGACAAGAUUUGUUGGAUCUUGUUUGGGUGCGAAAUCUUCUUUCUACUGAUCUUUCCCUUUUGGAUGCUCUGCGAUAUCGGAAAUGGUCCCAUUGCGAAACUAUUUGUCCUCCUUGGCUUGUUCUCGGCGUGCCGUCAUUACUUGAACGUACCAGUGGUCUUGACCGAACUUGGCAAUUUGGAUCUUUUGGAUGGCAAAUUCAUCCGAGGACGAGAUACGGAGGAACCAUCCGCGGAGGACAAGUUAGAAGAUUGGCUCGAGAAGAACCGUCUUUCUAAGAUUGUGGCCCGUAUUAGUCAAGGAGCACGCAAAGAUACUUGGUCCAACAUUAUUGGAGGUAUGGUUACUAUUUUCUUUUUACUCUUCCUCGCUGCCUUUGGGGCUGGUUCGAACAAUGGAGCCGAAGCGGAUACCUCCAAUCUGUUGCACGAUUUCGAGUACAAGCCAUUGGAGAAUACUUUCAAAUACCCAACUUGCUCGCUCACUUCGAACUUUGCGCUUCCGGGAUCCAACGAAACGGCACUUGCCGAUUACACCUUUUUGGCGGGCGUUGCCUACAAUGCUCCCGAAUCCAUGCCCGGAUUGUUGGAUGCUUGGUUUGGAGAAGACGUGGCCCAAGACAACCACGAGUUUGUAACAGAGUAUCGCAGUGGAUUGGCAGUUGACUCGGCAGUGCACUACAAACUCAUCACCUUUCCAACCCUCAAUCCUGAAUUCGCCAUUGUCGAUAUUCGUGGUACCAACAAUGGGUGGGAUAUGAUUAGUGAUGCUCAGCUUUGGUCCGCUGCUUGGUUGGCACAAGCGGUCCGUGCGAUUCUACCAUUGGGGGCCAUUUGGUCACCCAUUAUUGACAAUGUCGUGGCGAUGAUUGGGGUGCUACAGACGGAGACACUUCGUAAGGUUGCCUUUUAUGUGCAGACCUCAGACUUUGUCGAUCACCUAAAGGAGAAGGGCAUGUUCAAGGAAUUGCGUGUGACGGGACAUUCCCUUGGUGGAGGCCUUGCAAUGAUCACUGGUGCCCAAACGGAAACACCCGCAGUCGCUUUAAGUGGCCCCAACACGAUCAUCACCCGUCAUACUUUGGAGCCAGAAGUUUCGUUGGACUCGCUUGAAAAAUACACCUUCAACAUUAUCCCAGACCGCGAUCCGGUUCCUGCCAUUGACGAUCCUUCCAAGAACUACCAGAGAAUCAAUUGCCUUGCAGCUCCCAGCCGAUUUGCGGAUUGCCAUACUGCAACUCGAAGUCUUUGUGAUAUUUUGUAUACAUGUGGAUCCGGAAAUCGACCGGUUCUUUGUGAAUGUGUCGCUUUUGGAUAUCCAGAGCCCGAACCCACUGGAGAUCGUACAUUCCGGACCGCAUGUAAGGAAUUUCUCUAG